CUCUUAUUCUUUUCGCCCUGGUCAUCAGUUGACUCUAUUCCCGAUGGUCCAGGGCCCAAUUUUCCGCCUUCCGUCUGCACUCUGCCCAAAACAAAUCGAAAAAAAAAUUAACCAUUUUACAUUUUUUUUUUUUUCUCAAAACGCAGCUAUCCCCAUCAUUUUCCUUCCCACCCAACCGCCACUAAUCUCUCUCUUUCUCCCACCAUUUUUUUCCACCACCACAGCGCCAUUUGGCAGCACUCAUUUUUCUAUUUUCCAUCAACAGCAUCGCGACGCCCAUCUUGAGCAUUACGAAACUGGUAUCAUUCGACGCAGAAAAGUCGUCUGCGUCAUUUUCCGCCAUUGAACCGUUACCGAUUGCCCUGUUGGACUCUUGAUCACGAUUUGGAAGUUGGGUCGAUCGGGUUUUUUUUGGCAUCUGCUUUACGAUCGGGCGUGAGGAUAUUCGCAACUCUCCAAGGUUCCACUUUGGGAAUUGCCUGCACGCACGCCUGCAACUGCAGUUCGACCACGCUAGGAUCCACCACCACACAAAGUCUACCCGACUAAGGUCACGUUACCCAGUCCACCAUUGCAUCAGUACUCGGCCGGUAGGCAGCUGCCGCCACUUGCAAGUUGGAGAUUCCGUCACCAACCGAUCGGCCGUCACGGGAAAAAACCGACUAAUUAACCAACUGACCGGCCAAUUGUCUGAACAAGCAUAUACCCACUGAUAACAUUAUUGGGUUGAUUCGGUCGCCAAAAAACACAUCACUUUCUAUUAAUUUACUUAUAAAUGGACCUAUCGUUCGUUUUAGAUUGCAAGUGACGCCAUCUGGACAACUUGGAAAGUAUUUACGCCAACUUGAACUUGUGCAUCACUUUGUUGUCAACAAGUCUCAUAACGCCACUGCGGAGAUAUCAACCCAAAGCAUCUUGCGCCUCUGAGAGCAAUUCUACUCGAGUUGCGACGUGGGAGGGGGAACGUGGUGGUUAGAAGCAGGGAAGUGGCGCCGGGAAAGUAUGGCCCAGUACAGCUCGUCGCCAUCUCUGUCGUCACCACCUUCAGGUUCAAUAUCAGAUCCCGGCUCACCGUCCCGUCUUAUUCAGGGACGCGCCAAUAUAGCGAUGGGCGACGAAAUCGUUGUCGACACUGAGGCCAGGUUCCGCCUUGACUUGGGACAUCCGUCAGCACCUCAGGACAAUGUGCCCUUGACGGCAGCUGGCGUUCCGCGGAAGAAGCCAGGCCGCAAGCCUGGAGCGGCAGCGGCAGCAAAGAAGGCUGCUGCCGCCGAGGAUGGAUCGGCUGCAAGCACGGAUGCCCCCGCUAAGCAGCGGAGGCCGCGCAAGCCCAAGGACCCCAGCGCACCUCCUGUUCAGCGUAAACGGAAACAGCCCCCGACCGAACUCGAUGGUGCUCCCGACAAGAGGAGCUCUUCCGUCGGUCUGGACUCUCGCCAGCCAAAGAUCACCGACCUUACGAAUCUUCGCAUGGACCUUGAUUCGCCCUCGCGAAGUCAACAGCCCGCUCCGCCCCCAGCUCCGCCCAAGGCCCCGGCUCGCAGCUCCAUGCACAGUCUACUCAACCACGAUGACCCGCCAUCACCGCAGCGCUCGCCGCCGCCAGUUAGAAACAGUGGCCAGAGCUACGACCCUGUGCGUUCUUCCAACUACGACCCUGUCAGGGAGACCAUGGUGACUCGCGACCCUUGGGGCACCGGCUCCCUCGGCUCACCUCGCGCACCUACCCAAAUGCAAAAUCGGGCCAGUGCAUCACCCUCGAUUACCAGCCUCAUCGACCCAGUUCCUUCCUCCUCCGCAGCUGCGCCGCUAAGAUCUCCGUUGCUGCCGUCCAAGAAAGUGUAUGGCAAUUACCCCGAGUCGAUAUCAGCCCCCACUUCACCGUCGAAUGAGAUGAAGGCACCGACCGUGCCCGCUCCAUCUACCUCCAAGCCGACUCCUGCACCUACUGCUUCGCCAGAGGCGCCAGCCUCAGCAUCGAAGGCGUCUAAGAAGGAGUUGGUAGCUUCAGAGGUCACUAAGCCAGCCAAGAGGCAGUCAACGGGGGGUAAGGCCAAAGAUUCCACGCCAUCUACCAAGGCAUCGACAACCAAGUCAGCUAGGACAUCAUUGGCAAAGGCAACACCCAAAGCUUCGUCGGCAAAAGCAUCGGCAGAAGUCUCUGAGAGCUGUGCCUCGGUUUCCUCCCCAGAAGAGGCAGCUCCGCCAGCACCUACGUCUGCACCUAGCAAGAAAGUAACGUCGGUAGCCCUCCAAGAGCGUAAGCAGCAGAAGGUUGCGAGCGCGGCAUCGUCACCAAGGAUAUCUGCACCGGUCAAGAUGCCUCCGGUCCCAGAUUUCCCAGAUGAGGACAGCGAACGAUCGAUUCUUGACUUUGGGAAAGUUAACCCUGCCGACAAGAAGGCAGCGCCAUCGAUUGUACUUUCCAUACCUCUGCGCGGGGAGUCGAACAAGUAUGUCAACUUUAUGCGCAUGGCAGAGGACAAGUACGGCUGGGAUGCUCUGCAUCCUCGUGAGGCCGCCCACCGCGACCGCAAGGCUCGCAUAGCUGCUGCUGCCUCUGCACUCGAGAAGAAUGUUUCCGGUCGUGAGACGGGCGAUGAGGAGACGGACAAAGAAUCGGAUGGCGACAACAGCGACGCCGAGAACAAAGGCGGCAACGGCGCCGCCAGUGCUGGGGAAGCUGGUGCCGACGCAGCUAGCGGAGCUGAUGGCGCGCCGAUGAAGAAGCAGCGCAGGAAACGCAACUGGAGGGAGGACGAGUACGACAAGGAGGACGACUUCGUUGACGACUCGGAGAUGCUGUGGGAGGAACAAGCCGCGGCUAGCAAGGAUGGUUUCUUUGUCUACUCGGGCCCGCUCAUCCCUGAAGUGGAGAAACCAGCACCAGGAUCCGAGGGACCUGCUAAGCGCGGGCGUGGAGGUGGACGAGGCAGUCGGGGUGGUGGGCGUGGUGGCACGACGCGUGGAACCACGACGACUGGAAGAGGACGUGGUGGGGGUCCAGGCUCUCGAGGCGGUCAGAUUCGCAAGCCACGCGCUACCAAGGCCGAAAAGGAGCAGGCAGAGCGAGAAAAGGCCGAGAAGCUGGCCCAAGACGGUUCGACCAAGACAGCAAACGGCUCUCUCGGUGAUGACCUCAACCCAGCAGGCACCAACCCACAGUUCUCGGGAAUGGUCAUUGACCUCUGAGAAAAUAAUAAUAUCUCCUGGAAAAAGUGCGAACAAUCAAGUGCCAAACUUGUACGGCUCGCCUUUGCGGUUAUUUCUUAAUUACCUCAAUACCCCUGUUUAUUUAACUACUCGUCUGUGGGGGUCUGGCUGGAUGCUUUCAAGUCUCCGGGGGUUUUUGGUUGAGAGAACCCCGUUGUGUUGUCUGCGAUCGAAGGCGUUAUUGGAGCUUUGCUGGUUACGUCUACACGACUUGUGUCCUACUAUUUUGAUUUGGUGUGGGAAACAUAUUUCAUCUCAGUUGCCAUCCCUUAAUGGCUUACCCGGGUUAUUUCAUCUGAUUUACUAGUACCAGACAAGCGGGCUUUUACUUCUCUUGUGUUUUUAUUUUUUUUAUCGGGUAAUUACCAGUAGAGGGUUAUGUGAAGCUGCAUGAUGAAUAGUCAGUGGGUUAUGUACAUGGAGAGAAAGCAAUACCCCCCAAAAAAAGAGAUAUGGGCGCAGAGUAUACGGAAAACUUGGGAUGCAGGCGCACUGGAAGGAACAAAUAAGGACAACAGGGGCAGACAGGCGCAAAGGUUACAAUAUUAUUAAAUACAGUGGCUCUAU